AUGGUGGUGGCAAAUGCUUCCCCGGACGAGAUGGAACCGUUGCUCGCUGCAUAUGCCGAGUCCGAGGGUCUCCCCGCUGCGACGAGACUGUAUCGCAGCGCGGAGGGCCAUGAAACCGUCACCAUCUCCGGGCCCCCCGUGCAUCUGGAGCGGUUCCGCGCCCGCCAUGCGCAUCUGCGGACAGCGUCGAUCGCUGUUCGGGGCCUGUUCCACGCGUCGCAUCUGUACACGGCGGACGAAGCCAAGGCACUGGCGGAGGGUGUGAUCUGCGCUCGACCUGUCCGUCUGCAUGUCUUGUCCAAUGUGGAUGGACAGGUCAUUGGCGAGGUGAAUGUCGCUGCCGACCUGCUUCGCAUCGCGAUUGCCGAGAUCCUGACGCAGCCGAUGCAGUGGAAUCGUAUGACGGAACAGGCGAUUGACUCUCUUUCAUCAUCCGCCGAGACAGCCGUUCUCCCCUUUGCAGCGGGCAGUGCUGUCACUCCGUUUGCCAAACACGGGUUGCGCCUCGUGGAUACUACCGUCGCGGCAAGGACGACAGAAACCGGCGCAUCCAGGGCUAAGAAGAUUGCGAUCGUGGGCUUCUCCGGCCGGUAUCCCGACGCAGACAGCAACGAGGAGUUCUGGGAACUGCUGCGCGCCGGCCGCGACGUGCACAGGGAGAUCCCCCGCGAGCGGUUCGACGCAUGGCUGUAUUACGACGCAACGGGCAAACGCAAGAACACCAGCCGGGUCCGACAUGGAUGCUUUCUCAAGAACCCGGCGCUGUUCGACGCGCGCUUCUUCGGUCUGUCCCCGCGGGAAGCCGAACAGGCCGAUCCCGCCCAACGACUGGCCCUGAUGACCGCGUACGAGGCGAUGGAGAUGGCCGGGAUGGUCCCCGACGCUUCGCCCUCGACGCAGCGCGACCGCGUGGGAGUCUUCUACGGCACCGCCAGCGACGAUUACCGCGAAUGCAACAGCGGGCAGGACAUCGACACGUACUUUGUUCCGGGCGGGAGUCGGGCGUUUCUCCCCGCGCGCAUCAACUACCACUGGCGCUUCAGCGGGCCGAGUCUGGACGUCGACACGGCGUGUUCGUCGAGUCUGGCAGCGCUGCAUAUGGCGUGCAACUGUCUUUGGCGCGGAGACUGUGACACCGCGCUGGCGGGGGGCACGAAUGUGCUGACCAACCCGGACAACUGGGCGGGAUUGGAUCGCGCGCACUUCCUCUCGCCGACGGGCAACUGUCGCACCUUUGACGACUCGGCCGACGGGUAUUGUCGCGCGGAGAGCGUGUCGACUCUCGUGUUGAAACGGCUGGACGAUGCCCUCCGCGACGGCGAUCCCGUCUUCGGCACCAUCUUGGGCGCGUACACCAACCACUCGGCCGAGGCGGUGUCGAUGACGCGGCCGCACUCGGGCGCACAACGCGCCAUCUUUGCGCGCGUCUUGGCCGGCGCGGGAAUCGACCGCCACGAAAUCAGCUACGUCGAGAUGCACGGCACAGGCACACAGGCAGGCGACGCGUGCGAGAUGGACGCCGUGUUGAAUGUGUUUGCCCCGGCGGUGGCGGCAGCGGCGGGGGAGAAGGCGGUAGCGGUAGCGGCCCGGCCCGCGCCGCUGUAUCUCGGCUCCGCAAAGGCUAACAUCGGCCAUGCGGAGUCGGCGUCGGGCGCCGCAUCGCUGAUCAAAGUCUUGCUGAUGAUGCAGCAUGGACGCAUUCCGCCGCAUGUCGGCAUCACGACGUGCAUGAAUCGCAAUUUCCCGUCCGAUCUGGCGCAGCGCAAUGUGCACAUCGCGUUCAAGGAGACGGAGUGGUCGCGCCCGCCGCCCAGCGAGGCCCCCCACGGUCGGCGCGCGUUUGUCAACAACUUUGGCGCAGCGGGGGGGAAUUCCUCUGUCCUGGUGGAAGAUGCUCCUGUGCAGAUGGACGAGAAGCCGACAGAUCCACGCCCGGUGCAUCUUGUUGCGGUCUCUGCUCGGACGAAAACAGCUUUGCAGGGCAAUAUCCGCGCACUACAGAAACAUCUUGACCAAGCUGGCGAUCUCUCCAUUAGUUCGCUGUCUUUUACGACAACCGCCCGGCGCAUGCAUCAUUCCUUUCGUGUCAUGGUGACUGGAAGCUCGAUCCGAGACAUCCGCGAUGCUCUCUACGCCGAGACCAGUCCUGCCACCGGUGUGAGCAGCAGCAACACUCCCAUCGGCUUCUGCUUCACCGGGCAGGGAGCGCAGUAUGUAGGCAUGGGCCGCCAACUGCUGGAGAUGCCACCUUUGCGGGCUCUCUUGGUCCAUCUGGAAGGUCUUGUACGGCUGCAUGAGUUCCCGUCUGUGCUGUCUGUUCUGGACGGCAGCAUCCCGUUCGAUGAACUGUCGCCUGUUCAAGCCCAGCUCACGCAGACUUGCCUGCAGAUGGCAUUGGCCAAAUACUGGCAGAGCCUGGGGAUCAUCCCCCAGCUGGUCAUCGGACACAGUCUGGGCGAAUACGCGGCGAUGAACACGGCGGGGAUGCUCUCCGACGCAGACACGAUCUACCUGGUCGGCACGCGGGCGAUGCUGCUACAGAAACACUGCACAGCUGGAACUCACGCCAUGCUGGCCAUGAAGGUGUCACCGCGAGUGGCAGGGGAGAUACUGGGGAUGGAAGCCGGGGUAGAGGUAGAGAUUGCCUGCAUCAACGGACCGCAAGAUACUGUCGUCGCAGGCCCAACCACCGCCAUCGACAGUCUCGUCCAGCGACUCUCCCGACAGUCCAUCAAGGCCACUCGCGUGUCUGUGCCGUUUGCCUUUCACUCGGCGCAGGUCGAGGCCAUGCUCGAUGGCUUCCGCCAGCGCUGUCGGGCGAUCACCUUCAGUGAACCCAAGAUUCCUCUGCUCUCCUCCCUGCUCGGCCGCGCAGUUCGCUCCCUCUCCGAUCUAAAAGACGACCCAGCAGGCUACUUUACUCGUCAUUGUCGCGAACCGGUGGCUUUCUCCUCGGCGCUGCAGGGGGUAGAAGCCCGCACGGUGUGGCUCGAGGUUGGACCGCAUCCGAUCUGCGCCAACAUGCUGCGAACCAGCAUCGGCGCUGGCGUUCAGGUUCUUCCCAGUCUGCGUCGCAGCGAGGGCGACUGGGCGACCAUCGUCUCGACCCUCGCGGCGCUAUACACGGCCGGCGUGGCUGUCAACUGGGGGGAAUACCAUUGUGGCUUUGGUAAGGGAUGGCGAGUCCUCCCAUUGCCGGCAUACCAAUGGGAUCUUAAAGAGUAUUGGAUUCCCUACCGACACGACUGGUGUUUGACCAAGGGGGAUCCCCCGGUGGCGAUGAAGGAAGAGGAACCAGAGGAACCAGAGGAGCCAGAGGAAGCAGAGGAACCCCUGACGGCUUCGGUGCAGAAGAUCAUCCAGGAAACACACAACCCUAACGAGAGCUCCAUCACGGCACGGUCGAACGUCAAGUAUCCGCGCCUGAUGGCGGUGCUGCGUGGCCAUCGCAUCAACGGCCGGCCGAUGUGUCCGUCGUCGGUGUACGCCGACAUGGCGCUGACGCUGUUCACCCGGCUGUUGGACGGAUCGUCUCUAUCCGAUGGCUCUCUGGGCGUCAGUGUAGCGGAUAUGGUGGUCGACAAGGCGCUUCUCCUCGAUGAGACAGAACCCAUGCCGGCGCAAUGGAUCGAGCUGAACGCGACGGCGAACUGGACAUCGCGAACCGCCCAAUUCACCCUCCACAGCGUCUCGCCCGAUGGUCAGCGCAAGGAACAGCAUGCAAGAUGCACCGGUUCGUUUACGCCCACCAGCGCGUGGAAGGCAGAGUGGCAACGGAGGCGAUUCCUCGUCACAGCGCGGAUCGACCAGCUGCAGCGAGGGUUGCACGACGACGACACCGACGCCGGCGCAGUCCAGCUCCUCCGGCCUGCGCUGUUCUACCGGCUCUUCUCGUCGCUGGUGCAGUACGACGAGGCGUUCUGUGGUCUUCGCGAACUCCUCAUGCACUCCGCCGGCCUGGAAUGCACUGCCCGGAUCAGAUUCAACACGCCGCCAGACGAAGCAGAACACUGGGGUGGCUGUCCUCCGUACUGGAUCGAGAGUCUGGGCCAGAUCACCGGCUUCACCCUCAACGGGAACGAGACGCUCGACACGGAGACGCAGGUGUUUAUCAAUCAUGGAUGGGGGUGUAUGAGGCUAUUGACGCCGCUGGCCCCGGACACCACGUACCGCACCUACGUCAAGAUGCAGCAGCAUGAGUCGGCGUAUUCGGGCGAUCUGUACAUCUUCAAUGGAGAUGGAGACAUUGUUGGCAUGUACGAGGGGGUUGUCUUUAAUGUUCUCCGUCGGAGUGUUUUUGAUCGUCUCAUCCAAACCCUAAGCACGGGUUCUAACCCGGGUCCUAACCCUAGGGUUACCUCUACAAAUAACCCUAGGGUUACCGCGGUACAACCUAACCCUAGGGUUAUGGACUUUGGUUCCAACCCUAGGGUUAAUAACCCUAGGGUUUCCAUGACACCUACCAUCCCCCCCAUGUCUAUCCCUCCUGUCUCUCCUGUCAAACCUCAAGACUCAAUUCGAAGGCUCGUCGCCGAGGAGGUCGGAGUCUCGCUGACAGACCUCACAGACGACGACGACCUGGUGGACCUCGGCGUGGACUCGCUGCUGGCGCUGACCAUGGCCGACCGCAUCUUGGAGGAGUUCAACGUGAAGAUUCCAUCCACGGCCUUUAUGAACUCUUUGACCGUGAGAGAAGUCAUCCACUUUAUCGUGGGAGAUUCACAGACAGACUCUCCCGAGAUGGAGUCUCCCGAGAUGGACUCUCUCGAUACGCCCUCCAGCCAGUCCAGUGUGGUUGAUGUGAAUGACAAGCUUCCUCUCCCCCCCGCCAGCUCUGUCCUCCUCCAAGGCAAUCCUCAAGCCUCCAAGACGCUAUGGCUCGCCCCCGACGGCUCCGGUCUAGCAACAGCAUACCUCACCCUGCCAGACAUCGACAUCCACCCAUCCAGCGUGGCCGUGUACGGACUGAACAGCCCGUUCGUCAAACGAGACGAUCUCGCCAUGUCGCGCCGCUCCUUUGCCGAGCUCAUCGACGCGUAUCUGGUCGAACUGCGUCGCCGACAACCUCACGGACCGUACUUUCUCGGCGGAUGGUCUGCAGGCGGGAUCUGCGCGUACGAGAUGGCCCAACGCCUCGUGGCGGAUGGGGAGACGGUUUCCCGCCUCAUCCUGAUGGACAGUCCGAAUCCCAUCCGUCUGGCAAAGCUGCCGCUCCGUCUGUACGAGGAGUUUACUCGUCUGGGCGUGUUUGGUGCAGAUACCGCAUCCUCCUCCAACAAGAAUCGUCCUCUUCCUUCCUGGCUGCUGUCUCAUUUCCAGGGUUUUGUCGAUCUCCUACACACGUACACUCCUAAACCGUUCAUGGGAUUCUCUCCCCUGCAGACGUGGGUGAUCUGGGCGCAGGAGGGAGUCGACGAUGAUGAGUCGAUUGUCAUCCGGCCGGAGGAUCCGCCAAAUGUGCACUGGCUGUUGAGACGGCGGGCAGAGACAGCCCUCAGGGAGAAUGGGUGGGAUGUCUUGGUUGGGAGGGAGAAUAUGCAUAUCCAAGUGUUGCAGCAGGCAAACCAUUUCACGAUGCUCAAAGCGCCGGCAGUGAGCCAGAUGAGUAUGUUUCUAGCAAGGGCUAUGGAUGAUUAA